AUGUCAGCUGACGAUAUCAAAUCACCAAUACCUCUGAGGAAUAAGGCUGUUGCUCAACUAAUAUCACAGGCUACUCCAGGAAAACGUCCCAGCUCCAGUACAGAUGAAUUAAAAUCAAAAAGAGCAUUACUUACGUCUCCGCAGCAAAAUGCAGCUGAUCAAUUAAGAGCCAGAUCAAUAACCCCUACACUUCUGGCUGAAAAAUUAUUCAAUGGAUUAAGCUCUGAAGAUAUCUUAAAAAGGAGGUUAAAACACUAUAAUAUCAAUUAUCCAGAUGAUGAAGCCACUUAUUUACGAAGCAUCUAUGACAAGUCUUCUCAAUGGUUUAGCAGGGAUGUAAAGCCAAAGUUCGAAGCUGAAAAAUAUCUGCCAUAUAAAACCGAAUCUCAUAAAGACAAAGCAAGAUAUCUUUGUCAUGUUCUAGUAAAUCUACACAUUGCAAUUUCCUCCUUAGAUAUCCAGGGUUUAUUAUCAAUUACCAGUAAAGAUUUAGCCGACUUGCAAAAUGAAAUUGAUGACUUAGCCCUUAAUACCGAUCUGUUUAGAUUGGCUAACGAGAUUGAUACCAAUGUCGUUGAUUUCAAAGAACACGAAGACCAUCUAGAUUUAGAGGUGCCUGAUUCCGGUAGUACCGGUAAGAUAACUGCUAAAUCUUCAAGCAUAGUAAGUGUUAAUCAUUGGACAAAUGAAUUAAAUAAUUGUCUUAAUUUUGACUUCCCAUUGACCUUGAGAAAAUCCCUAGCUUCCGUGUACUAUUACCUAUCAUUGAUACAGGGACAGAAAAUUGUAAGAAGCAUGUAUGUCGACAUGUUCGAAAGUCUCGUUGCAUAUGAUGACGAUGGGACGAACUUCACACAUUUAGUACUUGAACAGGGCCUCGUGUUAGAUUUCAAGAUUAUAUUUGAUUUUAUCUGCCAAUUCCUUCCUUAUCCAGAUUCUGAUUAUGCUCGUUAUGACCUUUCUUCAAAAGAUGAUCUACAAUUGUUCAGACUUCUUUUAAAAUUAGCCCAUGUCGCUAAACCUUUUUUCGAUGCAAACGAUGAAUCUAUACUUAAAGACACUAUGGAUUAUCUAUUGUCUAACUUAUCGCCGUCAACAACGGUAACUCUUCUUCCAAUAUUAAAUUCAUUCGUUCCAUAUCAUUAUCAUAAAAAAAACAAAGUUACCGAUUAUCUCCCUUUCUGUUUUAGUUUAUGGAGUUCAGUGACUGCGAUUAUUGCAGUCGAUACACAUUUAUACGAUUUUGUAGGUGAAGUAGCCGAAGAUCUUCAUAAGAAAUUGAUGGAUAAUGUUGAAAAUGACAAUAUGGUCAAAUUUGGGAAAUAUGGAUUAUUCUCAGAGGAUCAAAUGGCAUUUAUGUUUAACAGAGUACAAGGUCAUUUAAGAACCGAUGGACAAAUACAUUCAUAUUCUAGAACCGUAAAGCCUUUUGUUUACAGUAUCAAUGGUUCAGAUAACACAGAUUUCUUUACAAAAUUUGUUAACUUAAUCCAAUCGAUAGAAACGUUUGUUCAUCCAUCUAAUAAUGGAUUCUGGACUAAGCCCAUCGCUAAAUUUGUUCAUGCUUUUAUUAAAUUAUACCAUGGCAGAGUCAAGGAUGAAGAAACCGCCGUUAAAAAAGGAAGAUCGAUUGAAAUAUUCUUAUCGGCAGAAUGCCAUUUUAAAUUUGUUGAUAUAUUGUUCAAUAUUUUAAUGAUCGGAGCUCAAAAUAAAUCAAAUGAAGUCGCAAACUAUUAUAUUUCCUGCUACGCUUAUUUAUUAGAGAUAUGCCCUAAAAAUUCAUUUCGGAUCUUUGACAGAGUGUUGGUUGAGAUUUAUGACACACUUACCGGUGAAUAUAUAAAUUCGAGACAUCGUGUUAUUUCUUCAUUAAAACAAUUUACAAGAAUUUUACGUUUCAUGGUCGUCCAUCCAUUGUAUAGAAUUCAUAUUACAAAUAUUCUUUCUUUACUUAUUGACAAAAUUGAUAUGAAUGAUCCACAAUUAACCAGUAAUGUAACAAACAGUAUUGUUUCCAUUGCAACAUUUGUGCCUUUCCAAAAUCUUGUUCGUGAAGGAGAAUAUUUAACUUUUGAAUCUACAACCAUACCGUUUAUUCAAGAACACAUUAUGCAUUUAAAGAUGGGACAAAGUUCCGAUAAUUUCGAAACUGAAGACAGCGUUUUAGAUUCAGCAUUCAGAGCAUCUACUACAAUCUUUGAAAACGUGAUAAAAGUGUAUGUUGAGAAAAUCUUCUCUGUGGUAGAUAUAGAGACGGAUGAUCCUUUGAUUACAAAACUGAACCAAACAACGGUAUUGAUGCAGGAAGCUAUGGAUGAUAAAGUUUUUGACUAUUACAUCGAUAUAUUUCAAAGAAGAUUUUGGGAUAAUGAUUAUUUCAAGGUCAAAGAUCCAAAUUAUGAAUUAACUACGAUCCCAUUAUCUGCAAUUGUCAGAAGAAAAAACUCUACAAGUGUGUCGUUGGUAAAUACAUUGAUUUACAAUAUUAAACAACAAGUAGAAAGAGGUGCCGGAUCUAUUAGAAGUUCCUCUGAAAUUCAACAAAGGGAUGUGAAAUUGGUUUUAUACUUGACAACUUUAAACGAUGUUUUAAGACAAUCCCAUGAAUCACUUUUAUCGUACAGUGCUAAAAUUCUGGAUUUUAUGAAAUUCCUAUAUGAGGAAGUAAGUAAUCCACCCAUUGAUGUGCUUACAUCAAUAUUAACUCAUAGUGUUUUGGCAACUCUAAAUACCACUGAAAUUAUUGAUUAUCGCUUAUUUGGAAAUAACUCGACUAUACCUGAUACAGAAAGAUGGGGUGGUUUACAGUUUGAUAAAAGGAAAUACGAUAAAGAGAAUUUGGAUUUCAUUUGGCACACUCCUUCUGAUCAAGAAGUUAAAUUAUCCAUUGACUUAUUGGAAAAUUUGACUGAUCAUUGUAUUACGAGUCUUGAAAGGCAAAUGAAUGAACCUAGAACAGAUACGUCAUAUACAGACAAAAUCCAGAAAUACUCGUUGGUGCUGACACACUGCCUUUCUGGUAUCAGUUUGCUCAUUGAUCCUGAUUUCAAUAAAAACAAGACUUCUCCUCCAUCUGAUAUUUCGUAUAAAGAUAGAUUAACAUUGCUGAAGAAUAUUCGUGAAAGUAAUUGUGACAACCAAGAAUUUGACAUUGAUAUCGAACAAAUACGCUCUACUACGGACGAAGAAACGGUCCACUUAGAGGACGAUAAGAAAGAUAGUGCAUUUGAACAUGACUAUAAUGUUGCAGAUUUGAAACAUAGCGUUACUGAUAAUUUUAUUAUUGAUGACACUGCACCUUCUGGUCUCCCAACUGGAGUCGGUACUCCUGUGGCAGGUGUUAACGACAUAAGUUCUUCCAUGAAUUCCGGUAUUAUCUUUAGAGAUCUAGAUAUUUACACCAGUAAUUAUUAUUUUGGUAAUACCGUUGAGGAAAAAUUAAAGAAUCCUGAUUAUUUGAAGGUUCAUCAGAUUAGAGCUAUUAUUGGAUCAUUUUUCUUCAAACUCCAUAAUUUUGUUUCUAAACAUUUUCAACAUAAUACGACGAUGUUCCAAAUUGUAUUGCAUGGGUUAAAGGUAUGGUUUACUGAUAUUGGCCAAGAGACCAUAUUCAACGAGGAUCCAGAUGCAUUCAUUGAUAUUGAGUUUUUGGAUAAUCUUCAAUCUUUGGCACAUGUGAGAGAUUCUUUCACAAGAACAUAUUUGGCUGUGAAAACAAAUGAUCUACAUCAAAGUCGUGUAUUACUUCAUUCUACCAACAGAUAUCCCUCCAAGUUAGAAAUCAAGUUGCUAGAAGUAAUGAUCGAAAUGGCAACAUCGAUAUAUCCUGAUAUUCAUAAACCCGCACAAAGUAUAUUAGCCCAUUGUAUGAAGCAAUUAAUAGGUUCAUAUUCUAUAAUCAUAAGAGAAAUAUUAGCGGCUUUGCGUCGUGCCAUUGAAGAUACAGAUCACCAAAAGAUUUCAGCUAUUUUAAGGGUUUUCAUGAUUAAAAAGAUUGAUAAAAAGUUAAUGUCCGAUUAUAAAAAUAUUGGAGAAGCUGUGCUGUUAUUAAUUGACUGUUGUAAAUACGAUGAAUUAGAUAUUGCAUUUUAUGCUGAAAAUUUGCUGAAUGAUAUCGUCAACAGUUUAAGAAUUCCAUCAUCCGUUUGUAUCUAUGAUGAGAAGCUCUUGAAAUUUUUAGAAAUUCCCGACGCUUCUAUGGAUCUACAAGUUAAAGCAGUUAGGUUGGCCAAAUCGAAGAAAAGAGAGCAAUACUUCUCGAUAAUUUUGAGAUUGCAAGAUGAUUUGCUGGAAAUUAUAAACAAAAGUGGCGAUUCUUUGGCAUGGAAAGUUCAAAUUUUCAUUACACGAUUUAUCUGUAAAAUACAAGCUAGUCUUGAAUUCCCAGUUGAUAAGAGAGUCAUUGAUGUUGUUUAUAAUCAAACUAAAUCUAAACAUCCCCAAAUGGUUCAUUUAGCUGUUAGAUCUUAUUUGUCAAUUUUCAAUAAAAUAUUCUCACUCUCAGAUUAUGAUUAUGAUAUCAGGAAAGCUUAUGAGAAUGGUUUUGAUCCAUAUUUUAUUAAAGAAAUUAACACUACGAACUCCAAUUUCCCAGAUGAAUUUUUGAAAGAAAUGAAUAAUUUUGAUGCUCCGAAAUAUUUUAUCGAUUCAAGAGCAUCUGUUGGUUGGUUAUGUUGGGGUAAACGUAUGAAAGUUGUUGAAUCAGGUGCAAUCGAGAUCAAUUUACAGGAACAUGAACUUGAAAUUCUUGGAGAGAUGGGUAAAUUAGUUUCGAAGGAUUGGAUAGAUGAUAUGUGUUCAAGUUUAGUUCAUGAUAAUGAAACACGUAGUGUAUUCAGCAGCGGUGAUGUUUCAUUGAUUGUUUUGAUUUUAGUUUUAGUUUUAAAGGGAUUCACGAGUGUCACUUUGGAAGAUAUUUUCACCUUGUGUAAGAAAUAUUAUGACAGGUAUGAUAAGGCAUCCAUGAUUAUGUCAAUUGAAAUAUUUGCUGCUUUGAUUUGUUCAAGUAAAUAUAUGAACAUAGAUUUUUUGAAGCAACGUGACGCAUUUGUUGACGAUUUCUUAAACGACUGUUUGAAUAAUGAAUUAAAUCAUGAUUGUUAUGAAAUAUGGAAUACGUUAAGUUGGUGGUUACCAACAGUUGUCGAUAUAAGAAGGUGUAAACCAUUUUACAUGCAUUUGACAAAAACUACAAACCUACUGGAUGUAACUGCCGAUAAUGCUACACAUCAAUCAUUUAGACUUUUAAUGAUGAGAAGUCUACUUAUGAGUUUAGAGUUUAGGUCUCCAGAUGUCUCAAAGAUUAUUGAGAGCCUUGUUUUUGAUCAUCCUUAUGAUCAAGUUCGUAGUUCCAUUGGGAAAUUGCUAAAUACAUUGACUCAAAACUCCAGUAGUCUUUCCCUCCCUAGUACGGAUAAGAUUGUGAAUGUUGGCUCUCAAGAGUAUGACGGAUUAGGUUAUCCAGUGAAACACAUUUCUGACGUUUUCGACCAAAUUAUUAAAGAGAAAUUCCAGGAAGCAAUUGACUAUAUCCCAAAACUUAAAGAAAUGACCCCACAAGAAAUAAUAAAGACGAAGUUUUAUUAUACAGUUUCUACAUUAUUUUAUUGGAUGAAAGAAAUGACUAAGGGACCUAAUAAAGUGCUAUUGACUCCAUACAUUAUUGAUUAUUUGUUACCAUUCUUAAUGACUUUAAGUACUCAAAGAGAUAUGUGUAAAUUAGCAGGUUUGGAUCCAUCCAAAUUAUUAUUAGGAUUAGCAUAUCUACCGAUGAGAAAGAGCGAAGUUUCUAAAGUUGUACAAUUAGUUUGUCAUACCAAAGUUGAUACUUCACAUCAAUUGAAAUUACAAUUGUUAUUUGUUCAACAUAUAUUGUCAACAGAGUUAUUACAAUUAACUAAACAAGAGAAGACAGAAAUAUUUGAAUAUGUGGUGAAAAGUUUAUUCAAUGGACAAUUCGUCGAAGUUAGAGUUCAUGCGGCAGAUGUAUUAUCAGGUAUAAUUCACAAUUCCGGUGAGGAUGAAACUCUUUUCCAAUCUUUAUUAGAUAGAUUUUCUAAAUCAUUAUCCAAUUAUACUUGGGAACAAAAGAAAAAAUUAUCUAAGACAGAUAUUAAGAUUCACGGCAGUGUUUUAGGGUUAGGUGCUAUCAUAUCAGCAUUUCCAUAUGUAUUCCCAUUACCUAAAUGGAUACCGAGCCAACUAAGUAUAUUAUCAUCUUGGGCCAGAACAAAUGGUAUGGCAGGUUUAGCAGCUAAGAAUACCAUUAACACUUUCAAGAAGGUUAGGUCUGAUACAUGGAAAUUUGACAGAGAGUCAUUUAGUGCAGAAGAAUUGGAAGAUUUGGAAGGUGUCCUUUGGAAGAGUUACUACGCAUGA